UGAAAAUGACAAGAAUGUAACCACAACGUCACUGUUGUUAACACCUCCGUAUUAACUUUAUUUAAUUUCAGCCUAUCUGUCAUCACCGUUUGGUUGAACUCUCCGCUCUCACUGCGCAGGCGGAAAGUAUUUCCCAAGUUCCCUUCCAGCUGUUGCGCAUUCCUCACUGCAAGUCGCCGCCGGUGCUUGGACCGGACAGCGCCACUGGUCCUCGAAGAGGUGGAAAGGGUUGAUGAAUCUGUGCAGUGAUUCACACUUUUACAGCGACUGACUCAGAUACAUAAUAACAAGGACUUUAGGAUAUAUGUUCAACGUUGGGAUUUCAAGUUUCAAGAUUGAAGCACGGAAACUACACUGAACACCUGGGGGAGAGAUUCUGACGUUGUAUGUGAACAUGACAGACAUCUUAUCAGUAAUGGAUAUAGACACAGAUGCAGAGGGGAGACUCCAGCCAGAGUCAGACCAGCCUGAUCCUAUCAGUCCUCAGAGCCCUGCUCUGGACCUGAUGGACACUGGGAGGCCUAUGAAGGUGCAGGCAGCCACCCCUCACCUGGUUAGCUUGGGCAGCGGGCGGCUCAGUGUGGCUAUUACACUGCUGCCACUGAACGAAGGUGUGACUCGUAUUGGGCGUGACGAUGCCCCCGUGCCUCAGGAUAUCACCAUUGAAGGCCCUGGCAUUGAAGCAGAGCACUGUGUGAUUGAGAAUCGGGGAGGGGUCGUGACCCUUGACCCUUGCAGUCACUUGUGUUCCCUUGAUGGCGUCCCCGUCAACAGACCCACACAACUCACACAAGGCUACUCUCUCUGUCUGGGCAAAUCCUACUUCUUCCGCUUCAACCACCCUGAAGAGGCCAGCCGGAUGAAGAGCAUGCUGCCUCAGAAGAGCCCCGUCUCCCCCCUGGUCUACAGCACAGACUACCUGAAGUUCAGCAGUGACUACAGUAAUGUAGUGGGCGGCUCCAGCACUCGUGGGAUGCGCUCGGCCUCGGAGCUCCGUGACCUGAUGGACACGCUGCAGCGGAAGAAGCAGGCCCUGGAGUCCAGCCUGCGCACCAACGGCGACACCAGCCCCUCCUACUUCAGCAUGACCCAAUCGCCACCCACCACGCCCUCCCCCAGCCCCCUCUCGCCCUAUCAGGAGCAAGCCCGGAGGCUGUACGGUGCUGACCGACCGCCCCUGUCCGUGAAAGUGCCCGCCCACUCGACUCACAACGUGCCGCCGUCUCCACGACGAUCGGAUCCCCGGGACCCGACGCUCCCCUACUCUCGGCCAAUCUCACGCAACCAAUCCCAGGACAACCUCGUCUCUUCCUCCAUGGAUGGGAGACGCUCGGCCAACUCGGGCUCCCUGCUGUCCAUGUGGAACGGAUCCUCUUCCUCCUCUGCCACCGAUGGACUCCCCCCGACACCAGGGGGCGGUAGCGGAGCGGCCAGCAUGCCCUCCAGCCCCCGCCUGGGCCGCCGACACCUCACCCCAGACGGCGCGGGCCGCAGCGGAGGCCUUGAGCCCGCUCCACGGCAGAGGAAGUACUCGGCCGGCUCGCUGUCGGGGAUGGGCAAUGGCAUGAGCUCCCACAGCCGCUCGCUGCCCCGCCUGUACCGGCCAGCCGACGCCCAGCAGCAGGUCCCCCUCAGUCUGCUGCCCCCCCGCCGCUCUUUGGAUGCCCACCCUCCUCAGCCGGCCCCUCGCUCCUCUGUGUCCCUCUUAGCAGCGCCUGACCAGAACGGCCACGGCGAGGUGGUCUCCAUCUCCUUGUCCGCCAGGCCCAUCUCCAAGCGCAGCCUGGCGCCACCCGACGUCACUGUGCCCUCUGCUGUGGCUGUCGCUGGGCCCACCACCCCCACCACCCCCACCGCCGCCACCACCACCACCACCACCAGCCCCCGCGUGGCCAAGAAGGUGAGCCUGACCUCCACCAGCAGCUCCUGCUCUGACCUGGAGCCUCUGGCCCGGCCCUCCCCGGAGAUGGGCCUGAGCCUGGGACUGGGUCUGGGGGAGAGGAGGACGUCGUUCGGGAAGGCUGGUCUGGGCCCACAGGGAGGCUUCAGGGAGAGGAAGGGCAGCAUCAGCUCCCUCAGUGGGAAGGAGGAGCUGCAGGACUACCACCAGCGGCAGCGGGAUGAGCGGCUUCGCGAGCAGGAAGUGGAGAGGCUGGAGCGCCAGCGUCUGGAGACCAUCCUGAGUAUGUGCUCGGAGCUGGGCCGAGUGGAGGACGCCUCCAUCUCGGCCGUGGCCGACCUGCAGAAGAUCAACAAGGAGCUGGAGAAGCUCCAGGUCUCAGACGACGAGUCUGUGUUCUCGGAAUCUCCCGGAAUGUCACCAGAGAACGGCUACGCGCCCAAAGCCCCGGAAUACCAUCCCAGCGAGGAGCAGCGACCGAUUCGGCAUCGACGGAGCAGUGGCCAAAGGGACGUCAGGGCGGAGUCGCCCGCUGUCAGUCUCAGAAGUUCGGGCCCUUCCCCCUCCCCACGUCUACCGUGGACAAACAAGGGCCCUGAGCUGGUGGAGGACCUGCACCUGAAGCAGGAGGUGACGCGCAUCGAGGAGGAGAGGAUCCAGGUGCUCAACAACAUGGAGGAGCUGGAGCAGAAGAUCAAAGACCUGGACAACCAGAUGGAGGAGUCCAUCAGAGAGAUGGAGGUGGAGCGAGCGCUGCUGGAGGGUGAGCAGGAGUCCGAGAUCGCCCAGCUACAUCAGGACAAGGACGCCCUGGAGCAGCUCAACGACAAGAUGGUCGACAUGGAGAAGAAGCUCCAGGCAGAGAAGUCUCAGGACCUUGCCCUGCUCUCUGAGGAGAGGUCAAAGGUCGAGAAGCUGGCAGAGCUGGUUUCUGAGCAGAGGACCCAGCUGGACAACUGCCCCGAGGCAAUGAAAGAGCAGCUCCAGCAGCAGCUCUUCAGGGACUCUGAGCUUCUGGAGGUGCAGACGAAGCGGUUCGAGGACCUUGAGUUCCAGCAGCUGGAGAGGGAGAGCCGUCAGGACGAGGAGAAGGAGACUCAGAUCCAGCAGAUCCUACGAGACAUCAGCGAAUACCAGCGCAGCACCGUCACCCGCAAGGAGAGACUGCUCACCCUGAAGAAACAAACAUCACAGAUAUCCCAGCAGGUGAAGGAGAAGGAGAGCUUCCUGAAGGAGAAGAGCACCCUGCAGCUUAUGUUACAUAGGGAGAAAGAGAACUUUGCCCAUCUGGAGAGGAAGUAUGCUGACCUCACCGGUGGGCGGGGCUUCCCAGUGAAUCCCAACAGUAUGAAAGAGGACCUGUCCUCAUUGGCUGACGUAUGUCGGUUCAGCAGUGAGCCCUCCCACUCUGUCCACCCCUACUCUUGUCUUCCUGCUGACCUGCUGGCCUUCUCCUCUCUCCUGUCCUCUCUGUCUGCCAAGAGCGCAGAGGGCUAUGUCACGGUCACUGAACUCAGUGAGCUAUACUCUCAGCUGGGGGCAGACCCCCUCAAGGCCUCCACUCCCAUCCAAGCUCAGGCCCUAGUGCAGAGCCCAGCCCCACCCCCAGCCCAAGCCCCUGACUCGUCCCCCCCAGAGACCCCCUCCUCUGGGCCUGAGCCUGAGCCCAGCCCCGGCCAUGACCCGAGUCCCAGUCCCGAGGAGAGAACCUGCAACGGAGAGGAAGAGCACUUCCGCACCCUAGAGGAGAGGAAGAGGAAUGGCAGGGAUGGUGGCUCCCACCUGAGUGACACUCUCCCGCGUAAGAAGAGCCAGUCCAGCCUCACUCCUCAGUUCAGCUCCUCAACGCUGGGCCGCAACAAUAGCAAGCCUCACAUGCCGCUGGCUCAGAGCUCGAGCUGUGGCAGUUUUCUGCCCCGCGCCUUCACUGUGUCCUCCAAGGACCUGGAGCCGCGACGUCUUCACAAGGGCCACAGUCAGCAGCAGGUGGGAGAGGACUCCCGGCCGAGGCUGACUGACCUGUCGGGCCGCUCCACGUCCCAAACCAACGUCUACCUGGACUCCUUCAGCUACCACGACGGCAGCAACCGCGCCUUCGACACCCUGAGCGUGGACAGCUCCGACAGCAUGGAGACCAGCAUCUCCGCCUGUUCCCCCGACAACGUCUCCAGUGCCAGCACCAGCAAUAUGAUGAAGAUCGAGGAGAUGGAGAAACUGCUGCGGGAGGCCCAGGCUGAGAAGCACCGCCUGAUAGAACACCGGGAGCGAGAGAGUGAGGUGCGCAGACAGGCCUUUGACGAGGAGAGGAGGCGCAGGGAGGACCUGGAGAAGCGACUGCAGGAGGAAACCAGCCGACGACAGAAACUCAUCGAGAGGGAGGUCAAGAUGCGGGAGAAACAGAGAACUCAGGCGCGUCCUUUGACUCGUUACCUGCCAGUGAGGAAGGACGAUUUUGACCUGCGGGGUCACGUGGAGUCGGCCGGACACAACAUCGAGAUCUGCUACCACAUCUCCAUCACAGAGAAGACCUGCAGAGGCUUCCUCAUCAAGAUGGGUGGCAAGAUCAAGACCUGGAAGAAGCGCUGGUUUGUCUUCGAUCGCAACCGCAGGACACUGUCAUACUAUGCAGAUAAACAUGAGGCCAAGCUGAAGGGAGUCAUCUACUUCCAGGCCAUAGAGGAGGUGUACUACGACCAUUUAAAGAAUGCACACAAGAGCCCAAAUCCCUCUCUAACAUUCAGUGUGAAGACUCACGACCGGGUGUACUACAUGGUGGCCCCGUCACCAGAGGCCAUGCGGAUCUGGAUGGACGUCAUCGUCACAGGGGCGGAGGGAUACACGCAGUUCAUGGUUUAGGAGUGGUCAUCCGGCCACGGCGGAGGGAUAUUUCACAGUACCAGCUUUCACGGGACAUCCUCUGCUCCUCCUCUUAUGGCCUCCGAGUAGGCUGCUGUCUAGUUGUUGUUUUAGUAUCUGUAUAUAUUUUUUAUAUUUUCACAAGGACCCUGUGUUUAACAUGGCUUCAUGCUGUGCCUUAGAGGUGCAUACACUUGUUUUGUUCAAUAUGUCUCCUUUUUGUUCAAAAACCAAAGUGGGUUUAGCAAUCAGAGUAGCUAUGAAAAUUGUAAUACGGUGUUUGCAGAGCUCGUUCUAGCUCUGUCAGUAAUGUUUGUUCGUUUGUGUGUGUGUGUGUGUGUUUUUGUGUGUGUGUGUGUGUGUGUGUAUACAAACACACAUUACAUUGUAAGCUUAACUGGCGUUCCUACGUGCCUUAAUGAGUGGGUGUGUGUGGGUCCACAAUGCUGUGAUGCGGGUGGAGAAAGAUAAGAGUGUGUGUGUGUGUGUGUGUGUGUGUGUGUGUGUGUGAGAGAGAGAGAGAGAGCGAGAGAGUUUGUUUAUUGAGGUAAUUACAGUGUUUGUCGUGGUGUUUUGGAAAGUUGUAUUUCUCAGGGAUAGGAGCCUCUAACACCACAUAGCUGGUACUCUUCUGCCAUAGAUGAUCUGAUUGGAAACUGGUAGUUAGAAGUUGGCCAUACAUAAAGCUGAAAUCCUCAGAGAAAUUGUGUGUGUGUGUGUGUGUGUGUGUGUGUGUGUGUGUGUGUGUGUGUGUGUGUGUGUGUGUGUGUGUGUGUGUGUGUGUGUGUGUGUGUGUACCUUAGUGAGAUGAGUCUGGUUCAUGAUUUGAAACCCCUUAUAGAGGGACUUCACUGAAACCAGUGGUGCUAAGACAAAUGUAAAUAUAUCUUAUCAAAAAUCACUGCCUAUGUUACUCAGCAGUAGUCUAGAUAAUGUUGAAAUACUUUUUAAAUAGCACUCCUAAAUACAUCAAAAUAUGUACAUCAGAGUAUAUUGUAAUGUAGUUUUUAUCCAGAAAUGAUCACAAAUGUAAUGAUUUUUAAAGCUUUUUUGUAGGUAGGUACUGUACCAUGUUAGAUUUGAUACAAGAUCUUUAUCCCCUAAAGUACACCUUCAGUCCACAUGGUGGGGUUGUACAUGCUGGAUAUUUGUAUGGAGUGAAAAGCAAUGACACUAACAACUCAGACUAUUUUCACCGAAAAAUGUGGAUGUGAUGCCAAUAUGAGAAUUAUUUUAGUUUAUUUUCUUUACAUAUAAGUAUCUGUUCGCAUUUUGUUUGAGAACAGAUGUGUAAUAUGCAACGCUGGUUUUUACCCUGUGAUGAUGCCAUGUGUUUUAUCCUUACUUCCACCACUUUGGUCAAACUCGGCAAAGUGAAAAUUUCACUCUGGUUUGUCAGGAAUAUUUAGAUAAUUUAUGAAAGAUCUAUAAGAGCUUUUUUUUUUUUUUUUGCUUUGCACAAAUUUCUUUUCAUGUACGUACUAAUAAUUCAAUCAUGUCAUAUGUUAUCCACUGAUGUUUUAGUGCAGAAGCUUCAGUUAUACCGUUUUCAGUCUGAAGGGGGCAGCAGCUACCAGCCAGACCCCAUAGCCAGGAGAGAGCCUUUGUUCAUCUGAUCCAGUUUUUACAUUAGAAUUUUUAUAACAAUAUUUAUAAUGUUAAUCAUGCAUGCAUCUUUUUCUUUUUUUUUUUAAAUCAAAAAAUAAAGUCAGAGCAUAAUGUGCACAUUGUAAUGUGAUCUAAAUUUUCAAUAAUCAACCAAGUCAAGUAAA